GGUUCGGUUACGGACUUGUCGAGAAGCGAAAUAAUUGAAUUCUGCUUUCCUUAGCAAUCAGAUGACAUGGUUUGACAUUUUUGGCUGAAAACAAGCUUUUGGUGGGAUAAUCUAGUUACGGAUCGGUGAAAGCAUAUAAAUUGUCGUUGGAUCUUUAAAGUAGGCAGAUGAGAAAACCAACUCAGAAAUGGCUGAUCCACUGUUUCAGCACUGGUUUCAUGGUCGUAUAACUCGUAUAGAAGCAGAAGAGAUUCUGGCACGUAAUGGCAAGAAAGAUGGGUUAUAUCUGUUGCGUGAAAGUACUGCUUCAGCAGGAAGCUAUGCUCUUUCCAUGUGCCAUAACAACAAGAUUAUUCAUUAUCAUAUUCAACGGCAUUCUGAUGGUACAGUUGCCAUAGAAGAUGGUAAGAAGUUCCCAGGACCUGUGGAACUAAUACAUCAUCAUCGCACUUGCCUGGAUGGGCUUUUAGCAAGGCUGACUGAACCAUGUAAUAGGCUUCCAGGGGUACCACCAAAAACAUACUCUGGUGCUAAUCAGGAACACAUCAAAGAUGCGGCUAUUGCUGCAAUGGCAUCAAUGGGAAUACAGGAUGGAGAUGAAACCACUGCAACUUUGAUGAGAGCUAAGUUGGAGAGUGCAAUAGGUUCAGUUUUGCACAAAAAUCAAAUCUGGUUUCAUGGAGUAAUUUCACGUGAGGAAGCUGAAAGAAGGCUUGCUACAUUAGGAUGCCUAAAUGGGAUGUUCCUUAUCCGUGAAAGGGAUCCAGGAUAUGUGCUUGGUUUGUGUUACGAGGGCUCAGUAGUCCAUUACUUGUUCGACAUUGACCAGCAAGAAAGAUUAUCGAUAAAAUCAGGUCCAAAAUUUGACAACCUGAUGUUAGCUGUGGAUCAUUACUCUCAGCGAGAAGAUGGUCUUCUCUGUAAGUUAAACGAGCCCUGUAGCAUGGAACUUUUUGAAACUGGAAGAAGGAUUUCCAUGGGUGCACGACCACCAAGUGUCUCUGAUCCAGAACCAAGAAUAGUUACUGGCAACAGACCACCUAGUAGAUCAUUCAACGACUCUUCUCCAUUUGCAGGAAACCCGUUUCUUCAGGGUAGAACUACCAAUGUCCCAGACCUUCUGCAUGGAGUUCCCAGAUCUCCACCAAGGAACCCACCUCCUCCUCUUCCCAGUGUCCCUCCUCCAGAAUCUAACAGAAAUUCUGGCCCUCCACGACUGCCCCCCAGACCUUCCCCAGCCUUACCUGUCAGCCCAAGAGGAAGAGGUGCACAACCCCCACCAAGCCCAUUUUUUAAGGAGAGAAAAUCGCCAGCGUCACCAACACCAUCAGCAGCAGCAGCAGCAGGUGCUUCUGGAGGUGCAGCAUUUGAGGCGAUAUAUGACAGCAUCAAAAUGAAGAAAAGCUCCUUUUACUUCAAUCAGUUUAAAGAUAUGCAAGCAAGAAAGCUCAAGAGUGAAAACUUGAGACUUGAAAGAGAACUAGGCCACGGAAAUUUUGGCUCAGUUCUUAAGGGAGAGUACACAAAGCCAAAUGGGGAGAAGAUUCCAGUGGCUGUUAAGAAACUUAAAUCUGAAGAAAUGAAUAAUCCACAAUCUGAAAUUAUGCAUGAAGCAGAAGUCAUGAUGAAGUUGGAUCACCCAAAUAUUGUUAGAAUAAUAGGUAUUUGUAAAGACACAACAGUUAUGCUAGUGAUGGAACUUGCUCCUGAAGGUCCCUUACACAAAUAUCUCAAAAAACACAAGUCUUUGCCGAUGUUCAAAAUUUUUAUUAUAAUGUUGCAAGUUGCCGAGGGAAUGCAGUAUCUCGAAAACAUGCAGUUUGUGCACAGAGACCUCGCUGCCAGAAAUAUUUUAGUUGUUAAUGAAGACUUCGUCAAGAUCAGUGACUUCGGAAUGUCUCGUGCAAUGGGAGCGGGAAGUGAUUAUUAUAAGGCUGGUAAACCGGGAAAAUGGCCUCUAAAGUGGUAUGCUCCAGAGUGUAUUUACUACCGGAAGUUUAGCAGCAAAAGUGAUGUGUGGAGUUACGGUGUCACGCUAUGGGAGGCCACAUCGUAUGGGAAGAAACCAUAUGAGGGACUCAACGGACAGGUAAUUUUGGAGAAGAUAGAAGCUGGUUACAGACUACAAUGUCCAGAAAAUGUGCCACCAAACGUGUAUGAAGUGAUGAGAAGUUGUUGGGAGUACAGAGAGGAGAGAAGGCCAACGUUCCAGUCCCUGGCUCAACAGCUGGCCGACGCAUUAAUGGAAUUGAAGAACACUGAAGAAUACCAAACACAGUACCUGGUGUGAUGAAUCUUGCUGCAUUUGAAUUCCAUGUGUUUUAUUAAAAUUGCUAUUCUUGGCAAUGCAGAUAGAUUCGAAAUGAUUAUUGUUACUAACAUGAAAUUAUAGAGACUUCUUUUUGAUUGCGUAAUGCUAUGACAAAUCCAGUCACCUUCUAUGACGUUAUUUUGAGUUAUGACUCGCUUUCGUAAGGGAAUUUCAAGUGCAGUCAUUUUAAUUCAUGUCGUGCUAUGUCAUGUAACCAUGUCAUGUUCUGUUAAGUAGUGUCAAAAUCUUAUAAUUAGUCAAUUAUGGCUGCGACGGUUGAUACACCAUCUUGAAUAUUUUGUGGCAUAUCACUACUCAGCUGAGUACAAUUAUGAAUAUUUAGUUUAUUUGCUUGAUUGCGACUAUGAGUUCUUUUUAAACAGAUUCCUAUCCAUCCUAGUUUCGUAUCGGUACAAAUUACUUGUAGCUAGAUAGGAAGAGAAUUACAUCAAGAAUUGAUCGCCAUCUGGGGUGCUUUUGCUCCGGCAAAAUCUGUUUAACAGUGCUUUACUCCGUUCAGAGAAUUUUGCCUUUUCACUACCACGGAGAAAAUACUAGAAAACUUCUUUAUUCUCAAAACCUGUCUCUUUUCAAGGUUUUGAAAAUCAAUUGAAUGUCAUUAUUAUUAGCUUUGUUUUAUUUCGUUAUGUUAUUGGUCAAGGAAAUUUGGUCGCCUGCGUGUUCCUGCGCUUCGGACCAGUUCGUUGGUUUCUCGUGAUCUUUUCUUUGAUCUGAUUGGCUGUUGUAAACUUUUGGUUUGGUAUUACGGCAGUCAGUCAAAAUACACUAAAUUGUGAGGAUAAGUUACUUAAUGCUCUCCUCUGGAAGUCAGUUUUGAAAUGAGGUUUGCGGUUACCAUGGCAGUGGUAGCCAUGGUAUUAUAACCAUACGUUGGCUUUAUCAUAACAUAGAGUUUCUACAUAAACUCAGUUUCUCUGCAAAUACCUUUAGUAUAAUUAUUUGUUAUUUAUGCAGCCUUUUCUGGCUGUAAACUUUUUUAUUUUAAGGCUUGUAAUUUGUUGACGUUUUUUCUAUGUUCUGAAGAGAAGGUAAAGGAUGGCACUUUGUUUGAGUGGUAGAGGAAAUUCUCGAUUAAUUAAUACUGUAUUUUUUUCAGUUGUAUUUAAAAUUUUUUUAGAGCGAAUCAGUCAUAGAUUUGAA